AUGGGCAAUAUCGCGAGUCCUCACAAACUCUCCACGGAUGAGGUCGACGCUGUCCAAGCGGCAUGGCAAGUUGUCCGACAAGAUCAGCGUUCGAUAGGACAACAGGUGAUGAUGACAUUGUUUUCCGAGAAUCCAGAAUACAUUCACAAGUUCAAACAUUUGCAAAUGAUAGCCGCCGAUCAACUGCCGUAUCAUACGGCGCUGAGAGCGCAUUCGCUUUCGAUUCUCUACGUAAUACACUCAUUGAUCGACAGCAUGGAUGAUGAAGAAACCAUGAGGGAACUCAUCAGAAAGGUGGCCUUGACGCAUAAGCCGCGGAGCGUGAAUCGCGAUAAUUUUCAGCGAUUCGAAGAUGCUUUCAUCCUCGUUCUGAAGAAAUAUGGAAUCGACCGUAGAACUGAAGAGGCAUUCCAUAAGUGCAUUCUCUACUUCACCGAUAUCUACGAAAAAGCUGAGGAUACUUAG